AACAAGAUCUUUUGACUUUAGUUUAAUGUCGUUAAGUCACAACUGAUAGUGAAAAACGUCUUAUAAAAAUCCUCUUUGUAUUGGUAUUUGUACUCUGUGAAAAUUUGGAACAAUAGAAAUUAUGAGUGUUCGCGAGGAAGAUUCUCCAAAAACAAGCAGUUCUGGUAGUGGGUUAGGUUUUGCGGUUGCAGCUAUCGGAGUUGGCGUUAGCGUUGGGGCUGCCUUGUACUACUUCUUUGGCCAAAAAGAACCUGAGGCUGGUUCUUCGUCGCAGUGGGAAGGUCAGCAAUUCACUAUGGAAUACACCGACAACUAUAAUACCAGCAAUGACUAUAUAACAACAACAGACACUAGUAUUUAUGAGACUGACCCUGAUGAAUCCCUGAUUUUAUCUGAAAGCGAGGACUCUGUUGAAUAUGAGAAUAUAGAGCAUUAUUCUGAAAGAUCUAUAGAUGAAUUAGAAACAAGUGAUGAUGAAUCUGUAUCAAUUGAAAAUGAAUCAAUUGAUGAGGAAUCAGAUAAUGCCGUAAUGAGUGUUAACUCUAGUGAUUUAGAGUAUGAUGACCAGGAGGAAAGGUGGAGUAAUCAAAACACAGAUAGUGAUGUACACAACUCUAGUGAUUCAGAAUCUGUAUAUGAAGGGUCCGAGAAUGAUUCAGAAUUUGAACAUAUUCAGCAAGAUGACUUUGUUGAUGUAUCAUCAGAAGAUUCAUUUAGACAUUAUAGGCCAUUUCCUCAAAUGUUGGCGAUUAUGGGUUGGCAAUAUUCAAGUGUUAAUAGCCGCAGUGUAGGUCCCCUAAAUAAUUCCAGAUCAUCUCUUACAUCAGCAAAGAAGAGGGAAGCGUUUCGCGAGAGGUCAUGGACCCUGGAACAGUGCUCCAUAUGUUUCGAUGUGAUCCUCAAGGGGCAAGAGGUGAUGUCACUGGCGUGCACGCACAGAUUCCAUACCACAUGCAUCCUGCCUUGGCUUGAGAAGCAGCAGACAUGCCCGAACUGUCGCAAGAGCAUUUAGAAAUGUAGGAGAUUUCAUAAGUGUAAGAAGUCAGCUGGCUCCUGAUUUCUGAUGUUGGCGGAAUUUGAAGAUGUCACUUUGAAAAGGCUUUACAAUCAUAAAAAGUUGUCCAUAAAAUUGACUAUUUCUUUUUUUAUAUUUAAUAACGGCAACACUGAACUAUUUAUUCUUUUUUUCCCGCUAUAAAAGAUCCGUCAAUAACUGAUGUUGUCGUUACUUUCUGUUUAGGCCUGGCAACGAAUUUAUAAUCCGCCUUAUUUCACUAGUCUUUAGAUAUUCGCCAAUACUUAAUGAAAUAAUUAGUUUUAGUACCUAUUUUUAUAUUAUAUAUUGGAUACAAUGAAUUAAGAAAUAUUUUAUAAAAAGUAAAACUGUUCUUUAGAUGUUCAUUCUGACACCUCUUAUUCUUUUUAAUAUCUCCGAAACUAUAAUAGUUUUUGUAAUCUACAUUUUUCACAUGUCAAAAUGUUGUCUAUGGUUGCCCGAAUAAAUUUUUGUUUUGGAGGGAAAACAACUAUUUCAUUUGUUAGAAUUAUUACGCAAAAUAUGUGAUAAAUAUUAUAGUAAUUCUAAAUUUAGGGGCUAUAAGCCGAAAUUCUAUCGUUUUACUUUCUCACUUUAUAUUAAUCAAUUGUUAUCUUAGCAAUAAUUUGGGGUUUUAAAUAUAUGAAUUGGUAAUAAAGUUUUAA